AUGAUCUGGAGCAUAGCAAAACGCUUCCUGAUCGCAACAAAAACCCCUAUCGAUACGGUUCGAUGUCCUAGACAUCGCGAGGACCUUCCCAAGGACGACGUUGAAGACGCUGAGCACACAUAUCCAGGUUUAGAGAACAUAGUGAGUAGUGCUAACACAGAUGCUGGACAUUUAAACUACCUAGGCACUACUUCCUACCUCAAGACAGUGAUUUCGAUGCUGAAAGGCAACCUCAUCAUUCCAGUAAGCUCAUAUUCGUCUAACAAAGUCCUUACCAUUGUCCCAAAGCGCAAGUCCUUGUCCCUUGUGGGCUUAAGGCAAAACCAAUCACAAUCCAGUGAUAAGUCCACGUCUAUUGCAGGCCGGUGGCACGCUGAUGAUCUACCAGGACGACAUCAGGCUACUAUCCUACAGGAAUACCAACUUCGACGACCCUUACGUUUGAUAGCGAACUCGCUAUUACGUUUUCGAUACCAGGGCAAGUACGCUAGGAGAGACCAGACGCGUCAAGACGCAAGGACCACACAAUCCGCUCAAUUUGACACAAAACCCGUUCGAUACUUUGCGAACCCAGUGAGCGACGCUUCAGGACUCAAGACAAGGAAUCCAAAUGGUCGACCGCGAUUUCAGUUAACGCCGCGACGAGUUCUACGACCUGGAAUACAUACAAUCUACAACAGAACCGACUCAGGACACCCCUUGGACUACCAGUGA